AUGGCAAAUGACAAGGAAAAAAAUGAAGAGAAAGUGGUGGUUGCAGAAUUCAGUGUCUCAAUGCACUGUAAUGCAUGUGAAAGAAGCGUUGCCAAGGCCAUCUCCAAGUGUAAAGGGGUGGAGAAGUUUACCACAGACAUGAAGAAACACAAGGCGACAGUGAGAGGGGCGAUCAAUCCUGAGAAAAUAUUGAAGAAACUAAAGAAGAAGACGGGGAAGAGGGUAGAGAUUCUGGUCACUGAAGAAGAAAAAGAUGAUGAGUCCAGUGAUGACGAUGAAUCGAGAGAGAAUACUGUGGAGUCAUUGAUAAGUUGGGACUGGACAGACAGUGCGGCGUUUGAGAUGUUCAACGAGGAGAAUGCAAAUGCAUGUUCGGUAAUGUAG